AUGACUGGUGCUCCAGUGUCGACCGAAAGCGGGAAGCUAGUUCCGAUAGCUCCGGAUGGAGGUUGGGGUUGGGUCGUCGUCAUUGGAUCGUUCUUUAUUCACGUCUUCGCUGAUGGAUUCGUCUAUUCUUUUGGUGUUCUUGUUGAGACUCUUAUGAAGGAAUUUAAUGCAAAUAAUACAAUGGCUUCUCUUAUCAUUUCUCUUCUGACUGGACUUACUCUUGGAUCUGGACCUUUGGCAUCGGCUGUGUGUAACAAAUACGGUUGUCGCACCACCACAAUUAUUGGAUCUGCAAUUGCCUUCAUUGGAUGCUUGUCUUCCUAUUUCGCUCAGGCAAUGUGGCAAAUUGUCAUCAGCGUUGGAAUUGUUAUGGGAGUCGGUUUCGGAUUGAUGUAUUGCCCUGCUAUUGUUAUCGUCACCAUGUAUUUUGAGAAAAUGCGAUCGUUGGCUACUGGCAUUGCGGUAGCUGGUGCUGGCGUCGGAACUGUGCUCUUCGCUCCCAUCAACGCAUAUUUAAUUGAAAACUACGGUUGGCGCAGUGUCUUUUUAGCAUUUCUGUUCAUUCUUGUUCUUUGCGCCCUCUGCGGUGCUACUUUCGCCCCACUCAAGUUUGCCGUUGUCGCUGACGAGAACACAAUUGCUGAUGACGACGUGUUUGAGAACUCUGAAAAGAAGGCCAACGAAGUUGUUAACGAGAAAGCUAAACUUCUUCUUGCACCCCCAUCGGUGUUGGAGCGAUCGAUUUCACAUGAAGGAAUGUCUAACAACGAGUCAAUGACAAUCCGCCCAGCUACUUCAAUGGGAGAUGUUGAUCACGAAGCUCAGGCACGCUCGAGACGCUCGACGAUUGGAGAACGCGAUAGCGGAUAUUUGAACCGAAAGGAUGUGUUCUACACCGGAUCAAUUCAGAAUGUUGCUGAGUUCCGUGAGGACCCUGACAAAUACCGAUCAACUGGGUCGCUUCACGGACGUCAUGCUACUGUUACUAGCACCAAAGCGCACUCAACCAGCAAACUCGAUGAGGUUCGUGAGGGAAGCCAAGAAGACAGCCAAGGUGUCGAUAUCACCGAGAACACCGAUUCGUCGGAUAAUGUUGAAGGAAAGAACAUGUUCAAAACUAUCAAUAAGAUGCUAUCGUUAGACCUUCUUUUGGACAUCAAGUUCCUUUUGUUUGCUGUUUCGAACCUUCUUACUUCCGUCGGAUUUAACUCGCCAUUGUACUUUUUGCCGCUUCACUCUACCGAGAUAGGAUUGACCGCCGUUCAAGGAUCGAAUGUGCUCUCAGCUUUCGGUAUCUCGAAUACCUUGGGUCGUGUUAUCUUUGGUGUUGUCGCUGAUCAUAAACUGCCACUUCCAUAUGGUCUUGGAAAAGACACCGCACGCAAUCGUCUCUGGAUGUAUAAUAUAUCGCUUACAAUUUGCGGAAUUCUCACAACUUUGUGCUUCAAAUUUAACGGAUUUGUACCGCUCGCUGUUUAUGCUGCCGCUUUCGGAUUCUCUAUUGCUUCAUACAUUUGUCUCACAUCUGUCAUUCUUGUGGACCUUCUUGGCCUCGACAAGCUCACCAACGCCUUCGGGUUGCUUCUCUUGUGGCAAGGUGUCGGAACGGUUUUCGGUCCGCCAAUUUCCGGAUUCCUCGCAGAUUUCACUCACUCGUACACAUGGUCAUUUGUCUUUUGCGGUAUUAAUCUUUUGAUUUCCGGCCUCAUGCUAUUCGGCAUCCCUUACUUCCAAAAGAAGGAGAACGCCUGCAAGCAUUAA